CACGCCGCCGACCAUCUCGACCAUAAUCGAUCUGCUCCUUCCCUGAUUCUCCCCGAAGCUCAGCAACCCUCAUCGAUGCGCCGGCCAAAUAAUCUCCGUCGCCGGCCAUCUCGACCCACCAUCGAUCCGGUCCUUGCCUGACCGCCGCUCCGCAACCACCCCUACGGCAGCCCUCUGCAACUCCUUUGUCAAUCCCAACCGUCGCCGACCAUCUCGGACCCACCAUCGAUCCGGUCCUUCUCUGACCGUCGCUUCCGCAACCGCCCCUGAUUCUCACCGCCUCGGGGAGGAAGAAACGUGGGAGGUAAGGGGUGAGAGAUAGAGACUCCAACCAAAAUCAGGUGCUUGCUCAUGGAUCUCACUUGAUUUUGCGUUUGUGUUUGGGCUUUCAGGCAAGAUACGUCGGCCGGAAAUCAGCUGCUUGCGUCGGAGAAGAAGAUCGUCGGAAGCAGAGGUACGUCCUCCCAACCCCUGUUUAACUGUCGGUCAACCACUUUUUUCUUCUCGUUUGACCUUCCAUUCCAACCGUCCCUUUUGCUUUCUUCACCGUCGGCACACCAAGAUGGUAUCUUCGGGCAACCGUCCUUCCAACCGGUGAUUUGUAUAUGUUAACCCAUCCUGCGAACCGGCAAUUUUUCCAUGUUUCACCGUUCGGCAGAGAUACCAUGUAGGCCACUUUUGACCGAUGGUCAAAUCUAUUUUUUUCUUUCGUUUUUUCCAGGUAGCAGGCCCAUUAGUCCUGCGUUGAGGACAAUCCGUUUUUAAUAUUUAAUUUAUAUUUUUAAGUAUUUGUAUUUAUAUAAUUAAAUUUGUUGUGAUGGAUUUUAAUUUAGUUAAUUGUAUUUACAAUUAAAUUGAUUCGAUAAAAAAUUAUUUUAUUUAUUUGAAUAUUAGUUGAAUGUAUCUUGUUAUAAAAAUUUAGGAUUUCAUUAAAUUUAGUUGAGCUUGAGUAUGUCGAUUAAACUUUAUACGCCGUUCUAAAAUUUGGUAGAAAAUUUUACUUGUAUUUAGAGUUGUUGAAAUAUAGUUAAAUUUAGUAUUUCAUUGAAUUUUGUUGAAGUAGGUUAUGAUAUAAUUUUAUUUUACAAAUAAAGGACAUAAUCCUUUUUUCAUAAAAUUAAGAUUACUAUCAAUUCAAUGAACAUGAAAUAAAAUAUUAGUUGAACUUUAUACGUAAUUAAUAAAAUGUUUACAAAUACGUUUCCAAAUCAUAUUUUAAAAUUCUAAUAGUAGCAUUGUAUGUUUUUGAAGAUGUCGAGAAUUGAAAAAUCAGGAACCAUUAAGGAUCGAAUGAAAAACCGAACUUGUAGACCUACGGCAACUGGGCGAAAAGAAAAUGAAGAUAAAAAUCCUCGUAAGAAUCGGGCGAGGCAGAAGAAGCUACAAGUAGAGCGUCCUGACGGUCAUCCUACUCAAGGGCAGUUGUCUCUUAGUCGGAAAAGUCCCACGCCUACAUCUGAUCGUGUUGAUACUUGGGAGCCGAGGUGGGACCCACGACCCAUGAUGAUACCAGACGAUGACUUUCGUCCAGCAUCUGCCAAGGACUACAAUGUGACAUGGUUUCCUGGUUAUGAUCAGUUUUGGACCAUGUGGGAGAGCAAUAGGUGGGCAUUUGAUGCUUUCUUUACACCGUGCGAACGUCCAUCUGAUGUCGACGAGGGCUUCAUGGACUGGUACAGAGCUCACUCCCACCCAUUGAUCACCAGCCCCAGCGUUACUAGACAGAUUCCUCGUGAAUUGAUUCCGAGGCAAAUUAUGCAAAGGCUUUCACCCUUUCUUCGUGAGAGGGAUCAUGGUCGUUUCAUUGAGCGCAUGAACGAGUGGUGGGAUUUACGUAGUUCAUGUGACGAGUUGAUUGAUCAGUACGAUGGAGGAGCACCUCCUACAGGAGACCAUUAGGAGUGCAUGUGAUUUAGCUUAUUUGACCAUUUUGUUUAUGUUACUAUCCGUGAGAACAUUGAUCUAUCCUUGUGCGUAUUGUAUCAUGUGUGAGAACAUGGAAUUGUGCUUUUAUUUAUUUGACCUUGUGUUUAUUGAACUAUCUGUGAGAACAUUGAAAUAUGUUUUUAUGAGAACAUGGAACCAUUCUCGUGAUAUUUCAUAACCAAAGAGCAUCAAAUCAUCAUUGACGAAUGUUGAAAGUUACAUGUUCAUUACUUCUACUAAUUAACCUUUUGGGUUCAA